AUGGCGUGGUUUUUGUGCAUGUGUGUAUUCUCUGUGGUCGGGCUGGGUCUACUGCUCUUGCAGGUGAAACUUCGAAGGUCCCUGGAGACCAGAGGGGGCCCUCCGAGCCUGCCCGCGUUCCCACUCAUCGGGAGCCUGUUGAGCCUGCGAAGCAAUCAGGCACCGCAUGUCCUCUUCCAGAAGCUGCAGCAGAAGUAUGGACAGACCUAUUCUCUAAUGAUGGGCCCACACACUGUCAUCCUUGUCAACCACCACCAGCACGCCAAAGAGGUACUCCUUAAAAAGGGGAAAAUCUUUGCAGGAAGACCCAGAACAGUAACCACAGACCUGUUGACGAGGGACGGUAAAGAUAUUGCCUUUGCAGACUACGGUGCCACUUGGAGAUUUCAUCGUAAAAUAGUGCAUGGAGCCUUGUGUAUGUUUGGUGAGGGCUCUGCCUCCAUCGAGAAGAUUAUCUGUAGGGAAGCUCUCUCCCUGUGCGACACUCUGCGAGAGUCAGGAAGUGCAUCGUUGGACUUGUCCCCAGAGCUGACAAGGGCUGUCACCAACGUGGUCUGCUCUCUCUGCUUCAGCUCCUCCUAUUGCCGCGGUGACCCCGAGUUUGAGGCCAUGCUGCAGUUCAGCCAGGGCAUCGUGGAUACGGUCGCUAAGGACAGUCUGGUGGACAUCUUCCCAUGGCUACAGGUCUUCCCAAACGCAGACCUGCGUCUCCUAAAGCAGUGUGUGUCAAUCAGAGACAAGCUGCUUCAGAAAAAAUACGAGGAACACAAGUCGGACUACAGCGAUCAUGAACAGAGAGACCUGCUGGACGCCCUGCUAAGGGCCAAACGCAGUGCUGAGAACAACAACACUGCCGAGAUCACCAUGGAGACCGUGGGCCUUAGUGAAGACCACCUGCUCAUGACCGUGGGUGACAUAUUUGGAGCCGGAGUGGAAACCACGUCAACAGUCCUAAAAUGGGCAAUUGCCUACCUCAUCCACAAUCCACAGGUACAAAAGCGAAUUCAGGAGGAACUGGACAGUGUGGUGGGGGGAGAGAGAACCCCCCAGCUCAGUGACAGGGGGAGCCUGCCCUACCUGGAGGCCACCAUUAGAGAGGUGCUACGCAUCCGGCCUGUUGCCCCUCUACUCAUCCCCCAUGUUGCCCAAACAGACACCAGUAUUGGCAAGUUCACUGUUAGGAAAGGUGCUCGCAUCAUCAUCAACUUGUGGUCCCUGCAUCACGAUGAGAAGGAGUGGAAGAACCCAGAGAUGUUUGACCCUGGUCGCUUCCUGAACGAGGAGGGGACAGGUCUGUGCAUCCCCUCGCCCAGCUACUUGCCGUUUGGGGCAGGGGUGAGAGUGUGUCUGGGGGAGGCGCUGGCUAAGAUGGAGAUCUUCCUCUUCCUCUCCUGGAUCCUUCAGCGUUUAACUAUGACCGUGUCCCCGGGCCAGCCACUGCCCAGCCUGGAAGGAAAGUUUGGGGUAGUCCUCCAGCCGGUCAAAUACAAGGUCAAUGCCACACCAAGAGCAGGCUGGGAGAAAAGCCAUCUCCAGACCUCUUAG